UUUUAGUAGUAAUUUCAUGUAAACAUACAACAGUAUUUAACUGAAAAUAAAAAAUUGUUAUUUAUUAUAGAAGUAUAAAUGGAAGGUUUCGAUGAAAGCAUUGGAGGGAAAUGGAAGCUGCUUAGAAAUGAAAAAUUUGAUGAAUAUUUAGGAAAAAUGGGAAUCGGCUACAUCAAAAGAAAGGUUGCAUGUGCCUUCACAACAGUGAUGGAGUUGAUUAAACUGGACGAUAACAGAAUCCGUAUCAUUACCGACGGGCCUAAACACUCGGAUGCUGAGAUCAAACUUGGGGAGGAAGUGGAGGAAUGUGACCCUUUCGACAACAAAAUAAAGGUGAAAGUAAAUUGGUGUCCAGAAAGUAAAAUACUGAAAACAGAGUCCUAUCCCAUAGAUGGUUCUAAAGCUAAAAAAGCGUUUGUUGAAAGAAAAAUUGACCAGACAUCUGGAGAAUUGAUUAUGGAAAUAACGCUUCCAGAUGAAGAUUUCGUGUGCAGACGAUAUUUCAAGAAAGUUUAGCACUAGUCUGAAGACAGAUAUACUAACGAGAAUCAUGUUGCAUUUCGAGAACGUUAUAGAUCUGGUCCACAUGUUUACUUACACACUAGUUUAUUAGAAUUAUACUUAUUAUACAUGUUUGAUUGUUAAGAACCUUCCAGUAUUUAACACAAACCGUCUGUGAAAGAGUUAGCGUAGCGUACCGCAAAAGCGUUUCAGUGGUGUUUGCGUAAAACCUUUGUUUUGAGAAUUCAGGGAUACUUUUGACUUAAAGGGAAAGGCAAUGUUGUUCUUAUGUAAAUUUCAUAAUAGAAUUCGGCAGUGUGUAAGUGACGUCAUAAACACACUAAAAUGGCUGCCUCCAUGAUCAGCCAUUUUCCUAAAUUUCAAACUGCCAUAUCUUUUUCAAUAGUGUUCCGAUUUUAAAAAUUCUUUCAGCGUUAUGAAAGGCUUGAUGAUGAAACUCAACUUAUUGUCAGGCAUUCCUUUCCCUUUAAUGUGUAUAAAUCACCAUUAUUUGGAAAAGUAUGCAAUACAGAAAAAGUGCACGAAUAAAAAGCUCCAGCGUUAUUACGGACCGACAAAGACGGAACCAGAAGACAUUAGAUAUGUGUAAUGAAAUACGGUCGAUCCAGAGUAAACAUCGGGUAGGGAUGUCGUCGUUUAUCGCGAUACCGAUGUAUCGACGAUAUAGUUAUGUCAAUAUGUAUCGAUACAUACUAUUUGCAUAUCGAGUAUCAACACAAUUCUAUAUAAAAUUAAUCCAAAGAAGUAAAGAUAUUUCGACAGCUUUAAGAUUUUUAGUUUUCCUAGGGUCGAAUUUGAAUUGUACGCACAGGCGUAUCGACAGGUGUAUUUAAGUUAUUCUAUAACGAUGAUCUACUGUGUUCAAGAUAACUUUGUUGAAUAAAUUUCUGUUCUGUUCUG